AUGGAUCACAUCGGACUAGUGGGGGCACAUCUGCAGCAACACACGCACGCGCAGGAGUCCAUCAGUUUCGGAAUCGACCAGAUUCUCAGCACCGUGGAGCAGAGUUGCAUGCUGAGUGCGAGGAUGCACGAGCCGGAUUAUGGGCACCCGCUUUAUAACUGUAACGCCAACAGCGGCUUCGCGUGCGGGAACGGCGGAUAUAACUGCAACGGCGCUUCGCUUGGCGGGACUUACCAAAUGAACGUGGGAGUCAAUGUGAGCGGGAAUAAUUCCGCCCCCGCUGGGGUCAUUCGCGUACCUGCACACCGACCGGUUAGCGGGGGGAACUCUUGUAUGACGCCCGUGACGGGAAGCAUCAAUAACCUGAAUGCUCUCACCUUCCCCUGGAUGGAGAGUAACAGACGAUACACUAAAGACAGGUUCACAGUGUCUCUCUCACCCCUCACUGUAACACGUCGUGUAGGACACCCGUAUCAGAACCGAACGCCGCCGAAGAAGAAGAAGCCGCGAACGUCGUUCACUCGACUACAGAUCUGCGAGCUGGAGAAGCGCUUCCACCGCCAAAAGUACCUGGCGUCUGCCGAGCGGGCCACCCUUGCUAAAGCUCUUAAAAUGACCGACGCUCAAGUCAAAACCUGGUUCCAAAAUAGACGCACCAAAUGGAGGCGGCAGACGGCGGAGGAGCGAGAGGCGGAGAGACAACAAGCGAAUCGAAUCCUCAUGCAAUUGCAGCAGGAGGCUUUCCAAAAGUCCAUCAACCAGCCGGUGACGCCGGAUCCGCUGUGCUUACAGAACAGCUCUUUGUUCGCCCUGCAGAACCUGCAACCGUGGACUGAGAACACCGCCAAGAUCAGCAGCGUGUCGGCCUGCGAGUAG